AUGGUCAUUCGAGACCCGUUCAACAUCCAUAACAAGAACUCAGCUGUGUCGAUUCUUCGGACGACUGCCACGCGAGCAGCGAUUGGGAUCACCGAGAAGGCCGUCGAGGCCGGCAUAAAUGUGAUUGAGAAGGGAAAGCAGACAGCCGAGGACAUGGCUUUCCAGAUGCCCAAGAACGUGCCCUCUUUCUCCAACCCUCAGAGGGCACUAGAGGACCAGUCCUGGGGUUCAGGGGUGACCUCACGCUUUGGACGUGGUUCGCAAGCCCUGCCCAUGUACAAGGACAAACCCUACGCGUAUCCGCCGUCGCAGCGGUCGCGGCCCGCGUGGCGGCGCAAACGUGUCGUCGGCGUCUUCCUGCUGGUGCUGUCGCUGCUCUACUACCUCGGCGUCUUCUCCUCGGGGCGCCAUGCUGCGACUGAGAAGCCAUCCUGGAGCUGGCUGAAGAACUCGGAGUCGGAGAAGAAGGCGGACUGGAGCAAGAGGCGGGAACGGGUGGUUGAUGCCUUCAAGCUGAGCUGGGAUGCGUAUGAGCGAUACGCUUGGGGCUAUGACGAGUUCCACCCCGAGUCGAAGAAGGGCAAGCAGAUGGCACCCAAAGGCAUGGGCUGGAUUAUCGUCGACGCCCUGGAUACAAUGAUGCUGAUGAACCUCACCUCCCGGGUCAGCCACGCGAGAGAGUGGAUUUCGACCUCUUUGACAUAUGACCAAGAUCAGGACGUCAAUACAUUUGAGACGACUAUCCGAAUGAUUGGAGGGCUACUGUCAGCCCACUACCUCUCAAACGAGUUCCCACUUUUGGCUCCCCAGACAGAUGAUGACGUUGGCGCCCCUGGUGAGGAUUUGUACCUGGAGAAGGCGAAGGACCUGGCCGAUCGUGUGAUCUCGGCUUUUGACUCGGACUCUGGGGUUCCCUACGCGAGCGUUAACCUGGCCAAGUUCGAAGGUAUCCCGGCCCAUGAUAUGGGAGGGGCUUCGUCCACCGCCGAGGCCACAACACUUCAACUCGAGUUCAAGUAUCUUGCCAAGUUGACGGGCGAGAAGUAUUUCUGGGACAAGUCGGAGAAGGUCAUGGAAGUCCUCGACAACAACGGUGCCAAGGAUGGCUUGGUUCCGAUCUACAUCAACGCCAACACUGGCAAGUUCAGCGGUGACAACAUCCGACUCGGAAGCCGUGGUGACUCGUAUUACGAGUAUCUCAUCAAGCAGUACCUCCAGACAGAGAAGCAGGAGCCCGUCUACCGGGACAUGUGGGACGAGACCCUGAAGGGUGUCCGUAAGCAUCUCAUCACUUACACACCCUCGGGAUUCACUGUCCUUGGUGAAAGGCCGAAUGGAUUGAAGGGGACGCUCUCACCCAAGAUGGAUCAUCUGGUUUGCUUCAUGCCCGGCACCAUUGCUCUCGCUGCCACUGGCGGCUUGCCCGAAGCCGAAGCGAAGAAGCUGUCAACGUGGACGAAGCAGAACGAGGCGGAUAUGCAGCUUGCCCGGGAGCUGAUGCAUACCUGCUGGGGCAUGUACAAAUGGAUGGCGACAGGCCUGGCUGCCGAGAUCACAUACUUCAACAUUGCCGACCCGCCGCCUGCUGAAUCUGAUCCUCACAAGGCACCGGCAGAAUUCGACCCUGACCCCCAUGCUGCUUGGCGCAAGGACUUCGACGUCCACGCCAUGGAUAGACACAACCUACAAAGACCCGAGACGGUCGAGUCUCUCUUCUACAUGUGGAGAAUCACGGGCGAAACCAAGUACCGCGACUGGGGCUGGGAUAUGUUCAAGUCGUUCAUGAAUUACACCGCCGUCGAGGACGGGGGCGGUUUCACGAGUCUGUCAAACGCGCACGUCAUUCCGCCCGUGACUCGGGAUAACAUGGAAAGCUUCUGGCUGGCCGAGACACUCAAAUACUUCUAUCUCUUGUUCUCGCCUAACGACCUACUUCCUCUUGACAAGGUGGUCAUCAACACCGAGGCGCAUCCGUUCCCGCGUUUCCAGAUGGGGCAAUUGUUCUCGACUGGGUGGAAGAGGAAGCCGAGGGAUGAGGAUGGGAAGAUCAUUAAGUGA